GUCCCAUGCAGUAGAGCUGAUUAAUAAUGGCCCUUGUGUGGAGUCUUGAUUCUGUGAUCUAGUUAUUUGGCCUCACUGCUAUUCUCACACUUGUGGAUGGUAUGGUGGACUAUUAUCUAAAUUGCAAUAUUAGGUUUAUGAAUUUCCCAAUUAGUAAGUGUUAUUGAUUACUUGGUAUUAAUGAAAUAUACUCACAUUGUAUAUGGUGUAUUUUGUUAGUUUUGAUGUGAUGGAACCAACAGGAGAUUCUAAUAGUAGGUCACGGGACAUUGCUUCAUGGCCUAGUGCCGUUUCUAAUUACAUGUUGGAGUGUAUAUUGAAGCAGUACAAGAGUGGUAAGAGUGGAGAUAAUGGACUGAAAAAGGAGCAGUUCAUUGAAAUUGCCAACCAACUGAAAGAGAAAUUAUUUACUAGUUACGACUGUGAACAAGUGAGAAACCACUUCCGGAUUUGGAAGCAAAGGCUUAGAGCAUUGAGUGACCUACAGAAGCAAAGUGGAUUGGGUUGGAAUGCAUCUGAUAUGAGAUUUGAUGCUCCUCAACACUUCUGGAAUGAUUAUAGGAAAAAAGAACAAAAGUAUUGGAAGGAACAUAGUGUGCUCCCAAUUCACCUUGAAGUUGGAGCUUUGCUAAGGAAAGAGAUGGCAACUGGGAAUGAUUCAACAGUCCCCUCUGAAGCUGCCACUGAAGUUAUGAUGGACGUGACAGGUACUCAGGUUGAGGGAAUAGGGAACAAUGAUGGUGUUGACUAUGAACCUAUUGAAGACGAAGAAAGUGUUCCUUCCACUCCCAUUGGUAGUACCAGCCGUUCUUGAGAAAGACCUCGCGAGUCCGUCAAUAGUGGUAGAGAAAAGAGGAAGAAGGGUGCAGCUGAAAAGGUGGUAAGUCCAUUGAAAUCGAUUGCUAACUCAAUCGAGAAGAUGGUAAUGAGUGAAUCUCAGUCUGAAUUUGGGAGAGCAAUUAUAGAUACUGUUGAUGCCAUUCCAGACCUCAAUUUUCAAAAAAAGUUUAAGGCCAAGGAAUAUUUCAUUGCCAAGAAGAAUUCUGCCAUUAUCUUCUUGGAAACAAGAGUAGAAGAUAGGCGAAAUCUGCUUGAGAUGUACUUGCCAGAGAUUGAGAAGAAUUGAGGUGACAAAAGGAAGUGUUUGGACAUUCUACGACAAUGGUUUUAUUGAAUAGAAAAUGCAUCUAUUUGGUUGAUGUAACUUUUGGUUUAUGUUAAGUCUGUGACAAUGGUGGCAUGUAGUCUUAAGAAAUAUUAAGACAAUGGUUCUUUCUAUGUUCCUCUCUAAAUGAUUUCAAGGUUUAAGUAUGGACAACAUCAUUCUUAUUUGUCAUAA